AUGAACGAGUGGACGGUCACACUUGACGAUGGCGAUUGGCGCACGGCCUUUUACUGGUGGGUCUCCUGCUGUCCGUGCUUUCCAUUGGCCCAGCUCGAGACCCGUCUGGGUCUUACUAAGUCGUACCCUCUUGGGUUGUCACUUGGUCUCCUUGCUUAUGCGAGUCGCUUGGUGCUGGUGCUAUUGACGAUCUUUGCGCUCUUGAGUGGCAGAUUCGUGUCGUUUGCCAUUUGCCUCUUGCUCGCGGUGUUUAGCUUUGUGGCUGUUGGCCAUCGCGUGUCCCGAGUGCGCAAGCACGUUCGGGACCGUCUUGAGAUCGCUGGCUCGGGCAAGAACGACCGCACGAUGGGUUGCUUGCGUAGUGCCAGUGUGAUUCGUCAGAUGGCUGUUCAGCUCAAGUGCGACCAAAUCCACGCUAAAGCGCCUACUACGCUCCAAGCGUAUGAAGUGUAA